UAAAACGCUUUUGCAUUUGCAUUGCACACAUGUGAGAAUUUGUUUACCUCUUCUGUUUGAAACCUAACCUCAAUUAUUAUCGGUUGUUCAGGAUUUAUUAUAAUUUUAAAGAGUUAAUCUUAAAUGUGGAAGUUAUUAGUAUGUAAGUUUUAUUACACUUGAGUGGGAAUACUUUUACAUUUAUAACAAGAAGAAAUAUCUCAGUAGCUGAAGAGACCAUUAAAAUGGAGAGAAAAGGGAUUCCUUCAUCGGAGUCGGCAGGACCUCUUCUGCAGUCACCUGUGGACGACAGGAAGCCUGAGGUAGUCCAGAUGAAGAAACAGCUAGGCUUGUUGGAAGGUGUUGCUAUCAUUCUCGGCAUUAUAUUCGGUUCAGGCAUCUUCAUAUCGCCGAAAGGUGUAAUCCUAGAGGUGGAGAGUGUUGGACUGUCGCUGGUAGUAUGGGCGAUGUGUGGUCUGCUCUCGAUGGUGGGAGCUCUUUGUUACGCUGAACUGGGCACCUCCAUACCUAAGUCGGGUGGAGACUACGCCUACAUCUUCGAAGCCUUUGGGCCUCUGCCUGCAUUUCUCUACUUGUGGGAUGCUAUGCUGAUCUUUGUGCCAACAACAAACGCUAUCAUGGGACUCACAUUCGCCAAGUAUGUUAUUCAGCCAUUCUUCCCUGAGUGUGAAUUGCCAGACUUCUCUGUCAGAUGUAUAGCUGCAGUUGUCAUUUGUUUUUUUACUUUCCUGAACUGCUAUGAUGUGAAACUGACUACCAAGAUCCAGAACACCUUCAUGUUUGGCAAGAUCUUUGCUCUCAGUAUCAUUAUCAUCAUGGGAAUUGUCUACAUGAUCUUUAUAGACAAGAUGGAGAAGUUUGCUCAACCAUUCGAGGGCUCCAAUACUGAACCUGGAAAGAUAGCAGUUGCUUUUUAUGCUGGCAUAUUUUCUUAUUCUGGCUGGAACUAUCUCAACUUUAUGACGGAAGAAUUGAGGAAUCCUUACGUAAACUUGCCACGAGCCAUCUACAUUUCUCUGCCUCUGGUGACACUAAUAUACGUGUUGGCUAAUGUUGCCUACCUGGCUGUACUCACACCUGCUGAGAUAGUGGCAUCAAAUGCUAUCGCUGUGACAUUUGGAGACAGAGUGCUAGGAUUCCUAUCAUGGACAAUGCCAUUGAUGGUCGCAAUGUCUGCUUUGGGAGGUCUCAGUGUGCACAUCAUGACUUCUUCUAGGAUGUGUUUUGUCGGAGCUCGUUAUGGCCAUUUUCCUGUCAUGCUGGCACAGAUCAAUGUCUCCAAGCUGACACCCACACCGUCUCUAGUAUUCCUGAACCUGCUAUCACUAGUAAUGCUCUGCACCAGUGACAUCUAUGCCCUUAUCACGUACUCAAGCUUCGUUGAGAGUUUCUUCAUCAUGAUGUCAGUCAGUGGAAUUUUGUGGCUGAGGCACAAAAGGCCCAACAUCCCUCGGCCUAUCAAGGUGUCGGUGUGGAUCCCCGUGUUCUUCAUAGUGAUCUGCUUGUUUCUGGUGGUAGUACCUAUCUACUACAAGCCGCUAGAGGUGGCCGUUGCUGUGGCCAUCACCCUGACAGGCAUCCCUGCCUACCUCAUCGGCGUCACCUGGACAAACAAGCCUCAGUGGUUUCACAACGGGCACAUCGCAAUGACACACUUUGUCCAGAAACUGUUCAUGUCAGCCAAAGAGCAACUGGAUGGAGAGGGAGAGGAGGAGGAGGACUAGCGGAUAGGAAUGGAGGGCUUGGUACAACUGACUGCAAGAUGACCUCUUGUGGUAGAUGGUACAAGUUAGUAGAGUCAGUAGCACCUAUUACAGUCAUCAUUUAUUGGAUUAACUUAAACGAGACUUUGUGGGAUGACCAAGGGUGAAGGCCUUAGUGGUUUUAAUUCAAUAAACUAUUGAUGUUUAUAUUUUUAAUAAUAUUUUAAAAGCUGUUUUAACUUUGUUUAAGAAGCUAAGAAUCAGAAUUAUUUUUACAAAUGAUGUAGUCACCACCAGCAUUUUGUGUUAGUUGUUAAGUAACUUGUUGCUUUAUAAAUCCAAAAACUUGCUUUACUUACUUAAUUUAUUUGUAUCUAUAGAAUACAACUUUUCUCUGAUUCUAAUACAUUUUCUAUUGUACUAGUUGUAUUGACUUCUUAUUUUAAAUUAUACUUAAAUAAUAAUAAUUUUGUUAACGAAAACUUCAUGAGCAGAGUUUACUCUUUUUUUAUUUAAAGAAUGCAAGUUUGUUUUUAAUAUGAUCAUUUUUGCUAUCAGUUAAAGUUACCUCGCUUAAAUAAUGGGUCCAGAUUUUAGAUUUCAUGAGAAUCCACCAUUGAGAUUAUGUUUGUUAGACCAAAUAAUUAUAUAUUUCUAUUUUAGUAUAUCCUUAGUGAUUUCAUGUGAAAUUUAACUGUACAUCACCUGUGUUUUUAGGAUUGUGUAUCGAAGCACUUUAUGCCAUGUAAUCUUAUUCUGGGCUCUUUCUGUCCCGUUGUGUUCAGUAGCAAUCAUAGUUAGAUACAAAUGGAUCCAUUUAAAUCUCUUUUAUAAAAAUACUACUAAUUAGAGAUACAGUGUAUUCCUUUUAGGAUAGAUUUUGUAUCUAAUUUCUUGCUAUUAUCUUCGUUCUACUUUUUUUAACUCCUUUGUAUGUAAAUGACUUAAAUGGCUUUUUAUAUGACCUUAGUUUUUAUCUAUUUGAACAUUUGAAACUAUGUAUGAUGUAUUUUUAUUGCUUUGCAACAAUUUAUUUUAAUUUUAAGAUGUAAUUUUAUGAGCACCAUUUUGUUUUGUAGAGCUGUGAGUGCAACUAAGAUCUCGUUAGUUUGAUCCAUUGAUCUUGAGUAGUAUUUGAAAGAUUAAAAAAAUAUGCCUUCACCAGGACUUGCCUUGUACUCGUAUUGUGUUAAGGGCUGUUAAUGUUUCGUUUCAUCUUUUAACUCGGUUCAAAACUUCACUUGUUUUUGAGGUUUAAAGAUAUUGUAGCUAUCAAUUUGGUGUUUAUUUCUGAAAUAUAAGUCAUUAGACUUGAAAUCAUGUCUUGUAUUGAAAAUUGUAGUGAACAUUUAGAUGUAAGUAGCAUCUGUAGGAAAUGCAAGGUAUUUUACUAUUCUGUAACAAAAUAUACCCUGGGUAAACAUUAUAUAACACCACACCAACAUUAUUAUUGACCAGUUUGUAUGUGAACACAAAAUUUACUCUUUUAACUUGCAGUUGACUGUAAUACAAUCUAAAUAUGAAUGUACUUAAUGUAGGCUAUGUGUUGGACAUGAACACUAUUAAAUGUUCUUAGAUCUCACAGCCCUUAACUUAUAUGUGUAUUUGAAAUGUAGAAAAUGUUAGACUAGGUUACAUGGAAUAUUUCUGUACGUUAUAUAGUCAUGAAAUUCUGUUUAUUUAUUUAUGGAAGUUUUAUAAGAUCUGACUGUGAAUUAUUUGAGGUGGAUAUUAUAAUUAGGUAAUUUCUGUGCGAUCCCAUUUGUAAAUAACAAAUUAUUUCAAUACAAAAUGUUAUAAUGUAAAGAAAACACUCUGAGAUCUUAUUAAACUAUCUUUUUUGUGUAUACUUUUUACUGUUAAUAUUAUUUCAAUAUUAUAUUAUUGCACAAAGGUAAGAUCGAAAAUAGAUUCAUACUUAAUUCAUGUAAGAGGAAACAAAUACCAAAUGAAUAAAUUUAGCUCUGGUGAUUUUUAUGCAUAUUUAAAUAGAUACCCCAAUCAUAUUUAUGAUCAUAGAGUGUGAAAUGAUUUUUAACUCACCCAGUAAACUUGUAAAUUGUCUUGUAUAUUAACUUUUUAUGCAGUAUUAGCUUUUAAAGCCAACAGAACUUAAUGUAAAUCUUUGUAACUAAUCAAGAAUCUCAUUUCUUUUUUAUUUUUCUUUACUAUAUGGCUUUAAAAGCCUCAUAUAUUGUGAAAGUAUUAAUUUUAUAAAACACUGAUGGUUGUUUGUAAUUAAUUAUAAUAUUAAUUUUGUUAUUGUCACAUGUUAUUGAUAUUUUUACUUAAAUAAGAAAGUCACUUAGGAUAAAAACAGAUUAAUACUCUAGUUGUAUGAAAGUGAUAAUAUAUAUCGUGGUUGCUUCAUAUAGUUUGUUGUCUGUGUUAAAACUGUUUAUAUUACUUUAUUUGCUAUGAGGUUUCAUCAGAUAUUCUUAAUUAUUUCAAGUAAAGCACAAUAUUAUGAAAACAUGUUUUUUUAUUGUCUGGUCUGUGUAAUGGUUGUUUAUUGUGUUCUUUUUAUUUUGAAGUUAUUUUAAAUACUUAGCUGUUAGCUGUUGAUCAAGUAUGGCACAAUAUGAAAGAUAACUAAUUUAUUGUUUGUGUUUAAACUUUACUCUUUUACAUAUGCAUGCAAAACUUCUAUUUUGUCAUCUUUACUCGAGGAAGAAACAAUAAUGAGUUGUUCUUAAUUUUGACUUGACUUCUAUUGCUCAUUCUGCAGUAUUUUAUUAUUUAAUUUGCAAGUAACAUUUAUGGGUUACUAACUUUAUUUCCACAAUGAAGCUAUUUAAACCAAUUAUUUUGGUACUUAUUUUUUGAUUUUGUGGAUAAAUUGUACUUUAUAAAUUUCAUUUUUAUAAACUCCUGUUGUAUGGCACGUUUAUUCAUAGCAACAUUUCUACUCGUUGAAUUAAUAUUAUAAAACCUGGAUUUAAGUGGUUUUGUUACAAGGAGUGUCUUUAGAUCUUCCAUGUAUAUACAUUUCUUUAAAAGUAAGGGAUUCAAUUCAGAUUUUGUUUUUAAUAAUGAUAGAGUAAUGAUGAAAAAUAACAUCUAUUAAAAUUAAUAUUCAGCGUCUUUUUAUCGUUUGGCGACAGUGACAUAAUUAUUCUAAACAGUCCUACUUUUAAGUGUUUUCCUAAGAUCAAUUUAAUUCUUAGGAGAAAUUCCUCUUAUCACUUUCACAGGAAGCUAAGUUGUGUUCUUACAGGAUACAAAUUAACUCUUGUUACAUGGACUAUAAACAUGGUUCUUACAUCAAAACUAAGAACAAUCUUUUACAUAUAAGUUAUUGUUUGUGUGUAAAAUUAUAUUAAAUAUGUAAUCGGUGAAAUCAAUCAAGAAUAAAUAACAAUAUUUGUUAUGAUACAACUUAACAAGAUCAAAAGUGUAUUAGCCAUACCACAACACAGAUAUACACAUAGAGUAACUGCUUAAAUAAUCUUAAUAAGCCAUUCUAAAGAAUGGUCCAAGAGAACUCAUGAUGUUUACAGUUUUUAAUUUAAAUUAAUGAUUAAAACUUAAAUUCAAUUAGGCUACCAGUGCAUUUUACUUAAAUUUAUAUUUCUGUUUGAAAGUAUUAAGUAUCUCUAUUUCAUGUCUAUAUUGCAUUAUAAGCCAACAUUUUCCAUCAUUGUAAAAGACUAGCUGAAUACCCGUGCUUUGCUACAAGAUCAAAAAAUACAGAUUCACUUAGUUUGUUUUGUCAAUUAUUACUGUGUAUUGGAUAAUAAGUGAGUCAGUACUAAUAUUUGUAAGUUUAUCAUAUUUAAAAUUCCCUGUACACGAGAUUUUUUUUGUGAUCCUCGUGUUGUAGAAUCACAACACUGUCAAGGGAUUUUUGCAAGUUUUACUGUCAAUAACAUAUUAUUUUUUACUUCAACCCUUCAUACAAAUUUACUUUCAUUUUCAUGAUGAAAGAAUAACUAUCCACUUAAUUAAUAACUUGUUACUAUACAACAGAUUAGAAUAGGGAUCUUUUCCAGAAAGGUUUAAAUAUUAAAGGGAACUAACAAAACCCACCUGAAUAUAUAUUAAACUUAAUGGUGUGGAGGUUACUGUUUAUUUUAUUUGUAGUAUAUUUUUAAAGAUGGUUUCUUCAGAAAUGAUAAAAGGAGGUGAUGUUAACUCUCUUUUCUAUCGCCUUCUUUGGACUAGGCAUUUUGUAUUUCAAAUUACUAGUAAUUAAAA